AUGUCACAGUCUAUUUCAGAUAAACAUGAAGAAAUUCCUUUAAUCGCAAUUUCAGAUCUUUCAAAAUAUUUCCACUUUAGUUGCGAUAAAUUAUUAUCGAAUAUCUUGGAUGACAAACGAAAUACGGAUCAUUCCGCAUUAAAGGAUGCUUUAAAAAAACGUUUAAUAGAAAUUAAACAAAAUAUCCUCAAUCAUUUAAAAGAUAAAGUAAUUGAUCAUAGUAAUUCAGAACCUUCUGAAAUCCGCAAAAUUUUGGAGGAUGCUCAAGUAGGACAAUUCUUAUAUCGAUUACAAUUCGAAGUAUCAGAUGACUUAUACGAUAAAUUAAAAAUCAGAGAAAUCGUUAGAUUAAAAACCUUUAUUCCUGAUUUUGUGGAAGUUAUUGAGGAGGAUGGUGUAAAACGUUUAAUGAUAUGGGAUGCCAAUGCAUCAAAAGAAGCACGCGUUUCUCAUCAGUUCAAAGUCGCUUCAUACGCUUUUCUUUUAGAUAACAUAAUCAAAAGCAAAAUGAUGCGUGGAGUUUCAAUUUCUCGGUCAGGAGGAAUAUUUUUAUUAUCAUCAGAAGGAUUAAACCGUCAAACAUUCCGUGUCGAUUACCUAUUUCCGAAAGUUGAACGAUUUUUACAAACAGAUCUUCCACGGAUAGCGUCAGCUUCGGAAGUUUCAUGGCAUUAUAAUGUUCGUUGUAAAAAUUGUGAAUUUGUAAAUGAUUGUCGUAAAGAAGCGGAUGGAACAAUAGCUAUGAUCCCAUAUUUAUCAAUAGAAAAUUCAUCAUACCUGAAACGGGUCAUUCAAAAUGAGAAAUCUAAGAGCAAAUUAUUGAAGGAAAAUGAUGUAGACAUUGAAGAUUUGUCUAAUCAUAUUAGUAAACUUACUGUUAAUCACGAGAAAGAAAUAUUAAAAGCAGAUUUUGAAGACUUGGCUGGUUACGUUAACAAUUUUACUAUUGAUGAUGAAAAUACGACAACAGUUAAUAGAAAAAUAAAACAGAUUAUUAAGUAUGAUGAAGACCGCGAAAUAUCACCUUACCUCGAUGUAUAUAAAACAGGAAAUGUCCAGUUUAUCGGUACUCCAACGGCAACUUUUCCUCAGGAAACUGAUCACAAUCUUGUGAUCGCAAUGUCUUUGGACCCUUUUGAUUCAUAUCCUUUUGGUUGGGCUAUAUGUCUUUAUACUAGUGAUGGAAAGACCAUUAAAACGUUUCAGAAAGCUGUAAAUAUUUCCAAAUCUAGAGAUAAAACUAUAUCAACAUUUAUCUUGUUGAUGAAAAAAUUUGUGAACCUCUUAAAAGAGACUUUGCAAUUUCUAUCUGAUGAAGAAUCUCGAGCAUGUAUAUUCGUUUAUUCUGAGCAAGAAAAAAUUGCAAUUCAAGAAUCAUUAAUUAAGCUAAUAACAUUGGAUUCUGAUAAAGUUUCUAAAGACAUUCAACACACAGCAACACAAUGUCUAUUUAAUCUUUUUGAAGAUUGCUCUGCUUUGUUGGCUGCUGGAAGUGAUGACAAUGAAUGUUCGGAACUUCCUGAUAAAUGGAAUGAAUUUCCUAGACUUAUCGUUCUGGAACACUCUGUGAGAGAGAAUAUAGCAAUCAACGUUCCAGGUUUUUAUCGAAUCAUUGAUAUUUGGGAAAAAAUGGUUGUGCCCACCUUGAAAAAUUGCCAAGAGUUGUUAAGCAAUUUGAAACAUCACAUCUCCAAUAUUGAACUUGAGGACAUUUAUUCUAUAUGGAAUUCUGAAUAUCUAAUUAAAGACACGGUUAACCAAUCUCAUUUAUACAGAACCAAAUUUGUUAAUGCAGUCAUUCAAGCUUAUUAUGCCCUCCUUAAAAAGUUAACGAAUGAUAUUGCAUCAAAAUUAAUAUUUUCCCCUCAAGAGUUCGUUCUUUCCGAAGUUAGAUCUUUUCAACAUCAUUAUUUGGGGAAAUUAUACUUCUUUAAACAGUUUGAAGAAAUUACCACAUAUUCCCGAUUUAAAGAAGAACGGAUAAAAGAUUUUGUUCAAGGGGAAGCCACAAACGGAAUUCGUGUGAAACUUGAAAAAUUCGUCACAAAAGAAAAAAAUAAUGAAUGGAUAGUUUCAUUUAUCGUUUUAAAUUAUGAUAACAAGUCUUAUGUGCCCGAACCAAAAUCUUUCAAAGAAUACAUUUUGGUUGAAGAUACUGCAAAGGGAGCCCUUGAGGCCAUCCGUUUUUCUGAUAUGAAAUAUAAAGAUAAGUUAUGGGGCUAUCCGUUAUCAGUUCUCGCUCUUGUAGAGGUUGAAAAUAAUCCUACACACAAGGUCCAAUUAAAAGGGAAAAUCAAGAAGAUACUAAAUGUUGGUUCGACGUAUCGUCUAUAUAAAAGAUAUAUUGAUUUCAAUACAGAUAAGAUUCUAAAAACGCUUAUCAAGAUUGAUGAACAGUCAAGUUCUUUGUUCCUGAAUCUCUUAAAGGAACCAAAUGAAUGGGGAUCUUCUGUAUUUGAAGAAUUUGAAGAGCAUUCAAAGGAAUUAAAGACUACUGCAAAGAAACUGCGAGAUUCCUUUGGAAUGUCACCAUCACAAAAUGAAAUCUCUGAAAGUUCGUUGGAAAAAAGGCUUCAAAUUGUCUGGGGUCCACCGGGAUCUGGAAAAACUCAUUUCCUCGCGUUAUUUAUUACAUGGUACCUGACUGCAAUAAAACCUCAGCCCUCAGGAAAUAACAAAAAUUUUAUUAUUGGAAUUACAGCUUUUACCAGAACUGCUAUUGACAAUUUAUUGGAACGUAUCGCUCGAAUCAAAGAUAUGAAACAAGCUGAUUUUUUUUUGGCUCGAAUGGUUAGUGAAUUAAAUAAUGAUAGUUCGCUUAAUGGUGUAGAAGAUUAUAAAGCCGAUAAACUACAAAAGAAACUAGAAAAGAGACCACAAAGGAAAGUUGCAAGGUCUGAUAUUCCUGAUAAACCUAUUGUUAUCGGAGGUACAGUAUGGGACUGGUAUAAGAUCCGUAAAAAUUGGGAGGACUGGACGGGUUGUGAUAUUAUGAUUAUAGAUGAAGGAUCGCAACUCUUAGCUUCGGACGCUUGUGUCGUCAUAGAAAAUUUGAAUCCGGAACAUGGAAAAUUAAUUAUUGCUGGAGAUCAUAUGCAACUUGGACCCAUUAUUCAGAAUACAUAUCCCGUUUUUUCGGAUGAUCAUCCACUUAUUUUAGGAUCAAUUCAACAAUGUUUGAUGAGAAAAGAGGAUGGAUCUAUUUUUAACGAAGAAGACUUCUUUCACAAAAAAGGACAAAAACGUGAUUUUGGUCCGUGCACACUUAAGCUAAGAGAUAAUUGGAGAAUGAAUGAUGAACUUAAUAGCUUUUUCCAAAAAAUAUAUGGUGAUGAUUAUAUUUCAAGGCAUCCCUCUUUAGAAUUGGAUUUUAAAGAUGAUAAGCUUUCACACAUAGAAGAUCCAAUUAUAAGAAAAAUAUUAUUACCCGGAACAGCGAUUAAUUUGGUAAAGUUAUCGUUAAAAAAUCAUGAAGCAACAGAAUUUCUUUCUGAUAAAAUUUUACGAGAAGAAGCAAAUGCUGUGGCUAAAAUAGUUUCAGCAUAUUUUGAUGCAGCUCGUCAAGAGUCAGAUAAGCCAUCUUUGUUUAUUGUUACACCACAUCAUCGUCAACGACAUGCCAUCAAAUCUAAAGUUACUAAAUAUUUAUCUAAUCCUGAAAUCAACUUGAAUAUAAAUACUGUUGAAAAAAUGCAAGGACAAGAAGCAGAUCUUGUAAUCGCAUGCUUCGGAUUUCUCGACGCUAAUGAAAUUGCUCGAGAAUCCGAUUUUUUAUUUGAUAGAAAUCGUUGGAAUGUGGCAAUAAGCCGUAUGGAGAUAUUUGCAAAUAAAAAGACGUCAGAAGGAUGGGUAUAUGUAUCCAUGAUAGAAUCUUGGGUUCGACAAAAAGGCAAAGAGAUCAUCGAAUGGGUAGUUGAUGAACAACCUGUAGUAUAA